CGCAGAGCACAAGGGGUUCCUCUGGUUUUUUAAUGGCGAGGGAGGAGAACUGAGGAGGGCGUAUUGUUUCUCUCAGCAGAGCAGAAGCUGCAGUGGAAGUUUUGCGGAGAGGAUGAAGUCAGGAGGAGGAGCAAGUCAAGAACCUCCUAAAACCCAAGAGAGAACUGAAUAUGCUGUACAGUGUGCUGAAUGCUUCAAAUGGAGGUUGAUUCCGACGAAAGAAGAGUUUGAGGACAUCAGAAGUAGAUUCAUAGAGGAUCCGUGGUUAUGCAGCAAGAAACCUGAUGUGUCUUGUGAGGAUCCUGCAGAUAUUGAAUAUGGCAACAAGAAGCUUUGGGCCAUUGACAAACCAAACCUUCCAAAGCCUCCAGUUGGUUAUGAGAGAAUCUUGGUACUUAGAAAAGAUUUUUCUAAGUUCGAUGCCUAUUAUAUCACCCCAACGGGAAAGAGAGUGCGAGCCCCUUCUGGAAUAGAGAAGUUUCUUGAAGAAAAUCCCAAGUACAAAGGUGUAACCAUUUCAGAUUUCAAUUUCGCAGUGCCAAAGAUAAUGGAAGAUACAAUCCCUAAAGAUGUGGAUGGGAAGAAUAGCGCAAAUAGUAGUAAGAGAAUGACACCAUCAAUAAACGAUGAUGAUGAUGAUGAUGAUUGAGAACUAGUGGCUUGUCAUCUUGGCCUAAAUCUUGUCAAAAGUACAGUGGUGUUGUGUAAACUUUUCUGUGUUUUUUUCUUUUCAUAAAUUGAGUUCUAUGUGCAAUGGAGCUUCUUGGCCAGUAGUCAAUACUCAAUAUUCUCAUGGUUUUACUUGGAUUCAUCAGAGAGCAGCUGUUUGUGAAAUUAGGGUUUCUUGCAAUUGACAAAUGGAUCAGAUGCAUGUUAUGUGCUGAUAUUG